GCUUCUCUUUCUGCCAAGACUUAAAGUAGGUAAAUUCACGAAUUGGAAAGUCAUACACAUACACACAAAGAUGGAGGUCAUCCGUGAAACGAUGGUUUUAGAAAACAGCGGAGUGAACGUACAAAUACCCGGUAAAGGUAUGCGCAAGCUUUUAUCUAUUAAUUCCAUCAGUGUACCACGCAUUUUAGACCUUUUAAAAGAACUAUCCCCUGAUAGUUCGAGUUCUUCGUUGGGUACUCUCCUUCCAAAUGUCAUGGCAAUGACCGAGGCUCCUUUAGGUGAUAUGGCAGAUAUAGAUUACGAAAGUGAGGAUGGCACAGAAAAAACAAUCUCACUUACCAACAAAGAAACAGACAAAAACCAUGAGACGCUUUUGAAUGCUUUGAAAAAGAACUUUGAAGGAAUUAUUGCACUUGGUAAGGUUGCAGGUCUGACAGAAAAUGAAAUGAGCGUUUUAUUUACUGUGUCUUUGCAAGAACACAAGGAGUUCAAACAUCAAAACGGAAUGGAGAUGCAUGAGUCUAUGGAAGAAAUGUUAGGAAAUGCCAACAUCCACGAUUCUGAAAAUUGGAACAAAUGUCAACAUCAGUAGAAGAAAGUAGAAUUGAUUUUCUCUAAGAGGAAAUAAUUGAUUUUAGGAUGAUUCGUUUUAAUAAUAAUUUACUAUUGUUGCUUUUUUACUACUCUAGCAAAGACUGGACUUAAUCAAAGUCAGUUCUGUUAUACAGUUUUCUAUGAAGUGCAAUGCAAUCCCUAAAAUAUUUCUUAUAAUUCUACUGAAUUGAUAAUAUAAUAA